AUGGCUGGCGGAUACUCUUCGGAUGAGGUUUGUUCAGAUUUUUUUGAUUUUUUGAAACAUUUAUAAUUACAGGAAGACCAACAAAUGGGUGUGUACGGUCCGAUGCCUCCUCAUCUUCAAAGACCGGGCGCUGAGGAUUUAGAAGAAGAGGUUUUAGAGUACAUUGGGCUCGAAAAAAUGAUGUUUUUUUAGAAGGAAGAUGAGUACAUUGGCCCUAGUCUCCCAAUUCCAGCAAAACAUGCUGAUUUGGAAGAAGAAUCUGAUUCGGUAGGGGUUUUUUCUUACUUUGCUGAAUUUUCUUCAAUCUUCGCUAAAAACUAAGUUUGAUUAUUCUUCAGACAGAGAGAGAUCCAAUCGACCCAAGACUUCAAAAUUCAGCAGAUCUCGAUGAUCCAGAAGAUGAUACACAUUCGGUUAAUUGACUUUCAAUUUUUUGUUUCGAAAAUUUCAAGAAAGCUGUAUUAUGUUUUCAUGAUGUUAUUUUCAGGUUGAAAGUUUGUCAAUCGGUCCAUCUCUUCCAAUUUCGGCGAAUCCAGGUGAGCCGGAGGAGGAAUCUGAUUCGGUAUACUUUUCUAUACUUUUCGAGCUUUGACGCAAAAAUUUUCCAGGAAGGUAGAUACAUUGGUCCAGCUCUUCCCACCAACUUCAACCCAGCCGAACCUCAACCAGAAGCCGAUUCAUAUGGACCAGCUCUACCAGGUUUCUCAAAUCAUCAGGUAUUUUUUGCUUAUUUCCUUCUUUUAAUGAGGAUGAACCUUCCAGAAUCAAUCUGCUGGUGGGCACGACUCAGAUGAUGACUUUGUGAGUAUUUUGGCUGUUCUAUAAAAUAAAAACACAAACUUCAAUUUGCAGCUUUCAAGACUUCGGAUUUACCUCGAUUUCGAGCCAAAAAAUUUUUUUUUUUUCCGAAAAGAAAUAUAGCCGAUUUUUUAUAUAACAUUUUCGCAGGGCCCAAUGCCAAUGAACAAAGAAUGGGAAGAUCAGGAGAAGUUUGCCCGAGACUUACGUUUUGCAAUGGCAGAAGACAAGAAACUAUUAGAAGAGGUUCAUUCAUUUAAUAUAAUUCCUUAAAUUUUGUUCGGUUUCAGUCAAAAGCCCCAAAACGAGAAGAUUGGAUGUUAAGCGUGCCGAAAACUCUUGGAAACAUUGGCCUUGGACCGAGAACUUUCAAAGUGAAAAUAUUUUAUCUAAUUUGAAAUGUCGAGAACUUUUUUUUUCAGCGAUCUGCCGUGGACACGGAUAAAUCCUGGGAAGACAGUCCGGCGAGCAAAAAAUCUUCUAAAGAUGAAGUUGAACUUUAAGCUGAAAUUCAAAUCAUGGUUAUUGUUUCAGAAGAAGCCUGAAACAGCUGCGGAACGAGCUGACCGGGAAUAUCAGAAGUCGCAGAAAAAACGAGCCGAGGAAGAAAUGAAGGAAACUGGACCAAGUCUUCUCGAUCUGCAUCAGAAAGAUCGACGAGAUCCUGGAAAGCAGGUAAAAUAUUAUUUCAAAAACGAUCAAUUUCAGAACGCUUCGAAAGUUGGCUCAAACGUCGUUCACUACAUAAAAAUUUAAAAAUGAGAAAAAAAGACGAAAAUUCUUGGAACAGACACUAGAGUCGUCGCUUGCACAAAAAGUUACGCGAAAAAAAGCAGAUAUUGGAUUCCACAUAUUUUUCUUCCGAAAAAUUUCACAAGACUUGUGAUAAUUUCAAUUAAUGGCAUUUUGUGGUGUUUAUAUAAAAAGAUUAUAGUAUAGAAGGCUGUAAAAUGAUGAAAAAAAUGCACGCUUUGAUGUCUUUCAAAAAACUUCAUGAGCUUCAAACCACUUCGGAUAAUGGAGAAAGCUUUUCAAAAAAGGCACAGGAAUCACUUGAAAAAAUAUUCAAAAAAAAAAAACCGGUUUUUACUACGAUUUCUCCUAGAGAAUGCUCUAUCAAAGUCUUGAGUUGGAGAUUUGUGCGAUUAAGUUAUAGGGAGAGCAGAAGAAAUUUAUAUUUCAACUGUAAACUGAACUUUUUCGAUUUCGAAUCAUGUGCAAUUACAACAUAAUUUUUUCCUCCAAAUUAUUCGCUACAAGAUAUCUCUUUGCAUAAUCAUUUAUUUUUCAGAAGGAACUGGCCCCCGGAGAACGACGUCCGUUUGAUCGUGAAAAAGACAUGGCCGUCUCUGGACUGAAGCCAGGAGCUCAGAAAGAAGCUGUGGAUCGGAUGAAAGAGCUCGGCUCUCGCUUCACGUCUAGCAAAUAUCUUUGA